UAGAUCGGGAUAGUGCAAAAAAAAAACAAAAAACAAGUGGCUAUUUGCUGGUUUAAUGGGCAACAGGAAUUCGUCUACGGGCAAGCCCAUGAAGAUUUUUAAAAUAAGAGUUUUGAACAGCGAAGACAAAUAUGGAGUGGCCUGCAAAGAUCUGAAAGAGUUGAAGGAGAAAGGAUGCAAAAAGUUCCAGCUCCCGUAUUCUAAAACCCGAGUAGUCCUGUAUGAGGAUGGAACAGAGCUGAGUAAUGAUUAUUUGAUGAAAAUUCCAGAUAAUACUGAACUUAUGCUGCUCACUGCUGGACAGAAAUGGCAGGGGUACGUCACGGACAUUGAUCGGUUUCUGAAUGCAUUUUACAAAAGGCAAACGGAUGUUGUGGAAGCGGCACAGAAAUUGCUAUCAGAUGAAAAUGCUCCUGAAAGACAAAAAAUGCUUGCAGAUUUUAUCCAAAAUUUGAAGGAGGAUAUCUUGGCUGAAAGUCGAGAAGAUGAUCAACCAUGGUUUGAAGGUUUAGAACCUCGAUUCAGAAACAAAUCUAGUUACAUGAGGUACAGCUGUGAAAGCCGGGUUCGAAGUUAUAUGAAAGAGGUGCAGAGCUUCGGUGCUAUUGUAGAUCCAGUGGCAAGGGAUGAGUACAAGAGGAUCACAGAGACCAUGAGCAACGAGUUGAAAGCUGUGAGAUACAAUGGCCGUUACUUUGAUCGAACAGAACAGAAGGCUAAUCGUCUUUGUACUUCGGAAGGAUGGUUUUCUUGCCAAGGUCCGUUUGAUGUUGAGGCCUGCAUUUCAAAGCACUCCAUUAAUCCCUACAGUAACAGAGAGAGCCGAAUUCUAUUCAGUACAUGGAAUCUGGACCACAUAAUUGAGAAGAAGCGAACUAUUGUGCCCUGCCUGGUUGAAGCUGUGAAGGAAUGCAAUGGAAGAGAAAUAAACUGGCAAUAUUUUUACAAUUUGCUCUUCACAAUAGAAAACUUAAAGCUCGUUCAUAUUGUUUGCCAUAAAAAAACUUCGCAUAACCUGUCUUGUGACUCCUCCAUGAUCUAUGGCAAAAGAAAAAAACUCAAACGACUUAAGAAGUGAAAGGUAUCAAAGAAUUGGUACUUUUCUUUAAUUUUUUUUAUUUUAAUUUUGUGCAGUAUUUUUGCAGUACUUGAAUGUUCAUUGCAGUGGUACUAAAAACCUCUAUUUAAAAGUGCACUGGGAUUAAGGUGAAUGUGCAAGUAUUUUUUUCUAUAUUCAGUGUGGGUUAAUGACUAUUAUAGCAUUGCUGCCACCAAGAAGUAGUGGAAGUAUGAGCACAAACAUUAUUCAUUUGUUUUUAUUUUAUACAAAGUAUUUAGUACUUUUGAGUGUGUAUUGUUUUAUAAAUGUGCUACAUGUGUAUUCCCUUCCUUCCUUAUUUAAGGCAGACCUACCGGUAAUUAAUUUUCGCUGAUAUCCUACUACCUCCUAGAGCCUU